AGCUUCAAUGUGUAUUGGAUUCUAAUAGAACACUAUUAUGAUGACGGUAGCACCAAUGCAUAAGAGUCGUAUAGACGUCAUCGUCCGCAAAAGGCCGCUUAAUGAGUUAGAAAUAACUAGAGGAGAUACAGAUGUUGUAUUGUGUAAUGACACUGCGGCCAUAAUUGAGGAACCAAAAUUGAGAAUAGAUGGAACAAGUUAUAUUGAGCGAUAUGAGUUUUGUGUGGACCGUGUUUACGAUGAGCAUGCUGACAACCAUACUGUAUACAAUGAUUAUGUGAAACCAUUGGUUGAGCUUGCUUUUAAGCAGAAGAAAACGUGCUCCUGUUUUACUUACGGUCAAACGGGUAGUGGCAAGACGUUCACAAUGAUAGGUUCUAGGCAACUAAAAACGUUCAAACAUGAUUAUAUGCCCGGUAUUUAUGAAUAUGCCGCAAAUGACAUAUAUCAAAUGCUGCAAAAACCAGAAUAUGAGGGAAAUUUAGAUGUGGUGAUCAGUUUUUAUGACAUUUAUUGCGGAAAGCUCUACGACCUCCUUCAAGAUAGGAAACCAUUAGAAGCUUUAGAUAAUGGAAAGCGUGAAGUCAUAAUUAAAGAUCUGUCUGUAAUACAAAUGAAAAGUAAGGAAGAUUUAAUGUCACAUAUGUUAAGAGGACUUGCCCUGAGAAAAAUAGGCCAAAAUUCACAAAAUAGUCAAUCAUCAAGGUCACACGCCGUAUUAAGAAUAGAGUUAAGAGAAAAGUUAACAUCAAAAAACAGUGGUAGUAUUGCCUUUAUAGAUUUGGCGGGUAGUGAGCGAGGCGCAGAUUGCAUAAAUCAACCGAAGCAGACCCAAAUGGAUGGUGCAGGUAUCAAUAGAUCUUUGUUAGCGCUCAAAGAAUGUAUAAGGUCGAUGGAUAUGAAUAAGGCUCAUAUCCCUUUCAGGGAUUGUGAAUUAACGAAAGUGUUACGAGACAUAUUCGUAGGUGAGAGCCGAAGUCUCAUGAUCGCAAACAUAUGUCCGAGCAGCUCGAGUUGUGAGCAAACGUUGAAUACUCUACGAUAUGCGUCGCGUGUGAAGAAUUUUAAACAAUCGCAAACGCAUUCUAAUACUAGUGUUCUCUAUAAUCCAGGUUACACAAACGCAAGGAAACCUAGAGCGAGUGCGCCGAAUUCGGGUAUUACCAAAACACAUAAAUCGAAACUGACCGCACCAUCUACUGCUGUGUCGUUAUCUCUGAAUGCUAAAGUUAAAAAUUCCGGAAUCACAACAAGCAGCAUGCAAGCAUCGCAAAAAAUUGGUAAAUCGACAGAUUCCAUUGAUUUCAUCGGUAAACCAUUGGUUAUACGCAACAUGUGUCCAACUUUGUCUUCUUUGUGCUCCGAUAUAUCAGGAAGAGAACAUAACAUACUACCACGUGAUCGAAAGAGAGCAUCUCGGUUACCUAAUCCUUUUCAACGUUUGGAUUCAUCUAUUAAUUUGCAAUCAUCUGCGGGGAAUAAUGUGGAUAUAGUAAUGGAUGAUAUAGAAUUGAAUGAUGAAAAUCAGAGGUUAUAUACAUCUGUAUGUGACUCACUAGAUUAUGUAAUAGACCAUUUUUAUGAUUACACUGCGUCAAACGACGAUGAGGAAAGAGCGUUUCAAGCCUUAAAACGAGCAGAAGAAUUGAAUAACAGAGCUCUGUUGAUGGUUAUGAGUUCAAACUUCGAUAGAGACAGUAGGGAUUAUAUCGAUUUCCUCAUCAAUAAAUUCAAGAUGCAAAUGAAACCCCUUUUGUUUUUAAAACAAGCCAUAGAACAGCAUAAGCAGACCAUAACAGCGGAAUCGAAAAUAUCGCACAAUAACGACCCUCUACUUAAUGAAUGAGUUUUCUUGU